AUGGAUUUUGAUAUUGAUGCUGUUCUUGAUCAAUUAGAAAAGACGCUCAAUCAAUCAAAUCAGGAAGAAAAGGAAUCAAAUCAUGAAGAGAAAGAAUCAAAUCAAGUUAUUCAAGCAUCUUCAUCACCUUCAACUUCUAAGAAAUCAGUUGAUGAUUUACUUUUACUCGAACUUGAUCCUCUUGGAAAUCCAAAUAAACACAAUAAUAAUGAUAAUAAUCAAGAAAACGAAAAUAAACUUGAACGUCUUAAACAAGAUCUUCAAGAAUUAUAUGCAUCAUCAGUUGUGAUCGAAACACCAUCAAUAUCUAUACCUACUUUACCUGAUGUUAUUGUUCAACAAGAAGAAACUUCAUCAACAUCAUUACCAUUAGCUGUUGAACAACUUGAAUUUGAAGUACGACAAGAAAUUUUACAACAUACUCUUGAACAACCAUCAUCACCAGAUUUAACAACUCCUACAAAUAGUCAUCAUGAUGAUAAAAAAGAAACGACUUUAUUUUCAACAUCAUCAACUUCAACUAAAGAAGAGAAGGAAGAAGAAGAAGAAGAAGAAGAAGAAGAAGAGGAAGAAGAAGAAAAAGAAGAAAAACAAAAUUCAUCACCUUUACCAGUAAUUGAAGCAACACAAAUAUCAAAUAAUUUAACAUAUCAAAAUGAACCUGAUCUUAUUCAACAUGAAACACCUCCAAUGAGAACCCAAAUAAUCUUACAUAGUGUUGAUAGUAUUGUCAAUGCACCCAUGGGAACUAAUCUUGAUGAUUUUAUCACUUCUAGUCUACCAAUGAAUGAGACGUCACUACUUCAAUCAUCUUCUGAAAUUUUCUUCACUGCAUGUAAUGAUAGUGAUAAAUCUAUUCAAUCCUCAUCUGAUGAACCUAUAGUUGAUACUGAAGAAUCUUCAUUACCAUCUUCUCUUACAACUAAACAAACAUCUACUGUACCUACACAAGAUUUUGAUCUUGUUAAAAAUAUUCUAUCAGAAAUUUUUGAUAAAAAUGAUGAAGAAAUACUUGAUGAAAAUCCAAUUGAAGAAAAAGAAUCUAGAUUGGUUAAUGUUGAACAACAAGAAAUAUCUCCACCACCAGCAUCAUUAACUACAAGUAAUGAUGAAGAUUUUCGUUUUCUUGAUGAAAUGCUUGCAAGUAUUGAUGGACCAGAGAUUGAUAUUCAUCAAUUAACUCCAGCUGAUAUUGAUCGAGUUGAUAAUAUACUCAAAGAAAUCGUUAAUGCACAUCAAACAGAAACAAUGCCAUCAUCAUCAUCAAUAAUUAAUGAUAUUGAACCUUGUCCACCUCCAUCUCCUCCUCCUUCUUCUCCUCCUCCUUCUCCUCCUCCUCUUCCUCCUUCAGAACCACCACCAUCACCACCAACUGAAUCUUCUUUUUCAUAUGCACCACAACCAGUAGGAGAUGCAGCUGCAGCUGCAGCUUCAAUAGUACCUGCCGAUGAAGAACUGAUACGUGUUGAACAAGAAUGGGCUAAAUUAACUGAAGAAGAGAAAACACUCGGUUCAGUUGCACCCGAAUGGGUUAGUGAUGAUCAAGCACCUAUAUGUAUGAAAUGUUCAGCUAAAUUUUCAAUAACACGUCGUCGUCAUCAUUGUCGUGCAUGUGGAAAAGUUUUUUGUUCAACAUGUUGUUGGCAAAAAGUUAAAUUAGUUCAUGAUGAUAGUAAAGAAGAUCGAGCAUGUAAUGAUUGUGUUAAAACGAUUAUUAAAGUUGAAUAUUUAUGGAAUUAUAUGCGUAAUAAUCAAAAACCUCGUUCAUCUGUACUACGCAAAAAAUCAGGUAAGAGUUUAAAAUAA